AUGUCUCACCAUCACGACGCUCAAGGCCGAGAAUUGUCGAAUCACGACCAGAAGAGGAGCACAAGCUGUAGAACCGUGAUGCGCGAUGACGAGAGGCGAGCCCAUCCGCUAGCGAUCGCUAUUGUAGCUGCCGCGCUCAUCCACGCCAAGCUUAGCCGAAGACAUACGGUCGGGAUCUGGAGACGAGAAGAGAGCGAACCUGGGACAGUGAUGGGUGUGCGGAGAGUGGGGAGAGUGCGUGGGGCCCAUCGCUAG